UAUCCAAGGGUCUCAUGACAGAAAGGGAAAGAAGGGGCAAUUGAGAGGAAAGAGAAACUUAGAUCAUCGCUUCCAUCUUUCAAGGACUUCUUCACCUCUCUGCUUGGUUCCGUGCAAGUUGCAUUGCAACCUCUUGCUUCAUUUUCUGUUGGCCGCCGAUAAACGCAGUGACCCAUCCGAUCCGAGGUCAGGCCGCGGUCGUCACAAACUGUGCGUAACUCGAUAAUUAUUUUUUAACUAUUUUUAUUUCCAAGUCUUUGGAUGAAUCCAACGGCUUAAAAUAAGUCAGGAGAUACUAGUGAAGACAAACACUCGUCCUCCUCCUCCUCCUCCCGCAUAUUCACUUCAGAAUCGCCGCACCGCUCGUCAUUUCUUCACCACUCUCAACAGCAAUCGUGCAGCUCAUAAAUAAUCUCACUAUGCCACUUCCAAUUAUGCGAAUUCGAAUGCCCGUACUACACUACUCUUCUUACUCUGCCAUCUUCACAACCCGAUAUGGCGUGGCUCUGCCAUUUUUGCACCAACCAAGUUUCACUUAUGUUUCCCACUCUUCUCACUCUCAACCACAGUUGCUCACCAAGCCACCUUUGGCGAAUCCCGACGAUAAAGGAUACUUAAGAAAUGCCAGAACGUUGGACGAAUCACUUCUUCACUUCAACCAACUUGACCCGUCUUUGAAAAGUUCACGAAUUUGCAACCAUUUAUUGGUGGGUUUGCUCAAAUCCGGUCGUAUUGAUGAUGCCCGCCAGGUGCUUGACCAAUUGCUUCAACCGGAUACCGGAUUUCCUCCUGAUGAUUUCACUGGUCAAAUUGUUUUUGGUGAGUUGGUGAAGAGGGACCGCCCCGGAAAAGGCUUUGCUGAUGAGGAAAUUGUAGGGUUGGUUACUAAGCUUUGUGAAUAUGGAGUUUUCCCUGAUACGUUUAAGCUUACUCAGUUGAUAUCCAAGCUGUGCGGGAAUCGGAAGAAUGGUGUGGCGUGGGAACUUUUGCAUGCUGUGAUUAAGUUGGGUGGUACAGUUGAAGCUGCAUCUUGCAAUGCCUUGUUAACAGGGCUUGGACGGGAGAGAGACAUUCACAAGAUGAAUGAACUGUUGGCAGAGAUGGAAGAAAUGAAAAUACAUCCCAGUGUCAUAACCUUUGGGAUUCUUAUUAAUCAAUUUUGCAAGUCUAGGAGGAUCGACGAAGCGCUGGGGGUGUUUGAUAAAUUGAGAGGUAAAGGAAGAGAAAAGAAGUGGAUUGGUGUUGAACCUGAUGUGGUCUUGUAUAAUACUUUGAUCAAUGGACUUUGUAAAGUUGGGAGGGAAGAAGAGGGUUUGAAUUUGUUGGAAGAGAUGAAAACCGAGAAGAAAAAUAAGCCAAACACUAUUACAUAUAAUUGCUUGAUUGACGGGUUCUGCAAAGCUGGCAACAUUGAUAAAGCACGUGAGCUAUUCGGCUUGAUGAAUGAGGAACAAAUACAGCCAAAUGUGGUCACCCUCAAUACAUUGGUUGAUGGCAUGUGCAAAAUUGGAAGGGUCUUUAGUGCAGUUGAAUUUUUCAAUGAGAUGAAAGGCAAGGGCCUUAAAGGAAAUGCUGUUACAUACACUGCGUUGAUAUCUGCCUUCUGUGGAGUGAACAACAUUGAUAAAGCCAUGCAAUAUUUUGAUGAGAUGUUGAGUUCUGGAUGCUCACCGGAUGCAAUUGUUUACUAUUGUUUGAUAUCUGGUUUAACCAUUGCUGGAAGGAUGGGUGAUGCUAGUGUUGUUGUGUCGCAGUUGAAACGGGCUGGGUUUGGCCUUGAUAGACAUUGCUAUAAUGUUCUCAUCAGUGGAUUCUGCAAGAAGAAGAAGCUGGAGCGAGUUUAUGAAAUGCUCAACGAAAUGGAAGAAAAUGGAGUCAAGCCCGACAUUGUCACCUAUAACACUUUGGUUUCUUACCUUGGCAAAGCUGGAGAUUUUGCAACUGCUACCAAGGUAAUGAAAAAGAUGAUUAAAGAGGGUCUUAAGCCCUCUGUUGUCACAUAUGGGGCAGUCAUACAUGCAUAUUGUUUAAAAAAGAACAUUGAUGAGGCCAUGAAGAUUUUUGGGGAAAUGUGUUCUACAUCUAUGGUUCCUCCCAACACUGUGAUAUACAACAUUUUAAUAGACGCUCUAUGCAAAAACAACGAUGUUGAAAGGGCUGUUUCUUUGAUGGAUGACAUGAAAGUAAAGGGGGUUCAACCUAAUACAACCACGUAUAAUGCUAUUUUCAAGGGGGUCCAGGAUAAGAGAAUGCUGCACAAAGCAUUUGAACUUAUGGAUAGGAUGGUGGAAGAUGCUUGCAAUCCUGACUAUGUAACCAUGGAGAUUCUUACUGAAUGGCUUUCCGCUAUUGGUGAAAUAGAAAAACUGAAACUUUUUGUCAAAGGACAUCGUGUUUCCUCUAAUCCAUCAUCACUUCAAACUUCAAUAACUUAGUAGUAGGCUUGAACUAAGUCAAAAUGAUUAGCUUUUAUUAUCUAAGCUCCAAUUUUUGUAUUUCUUUUGUGGUCAUUUUGAAACCAUUACACUCAAGCUGAAUUCAAACUUCAACUGUACGUGUAAAUUUAUGAUUUAUUGGGGAAAUGCUAACAAGUGUCAUUAGGGCACUUGAUAAAAAGUUUAAAGUAGAAAUUUUACUUGGGAUUUGUGUAUUCAACACAAACAUCAAAAAACAACUUUUUCUACAUGAAAUUUAUCAAUUGUUUCCAUUUUUGAAUCCUUA